AUGGCGUUGGUAUCGAUUGUCUCCGAGCUCAACUCGAGUGCUAUCACCCAUCCGUUUCGCGCUCUUGCCGUCCUCGCUCUCUUGAUUCCGGGCGUCUAUGUGAUCUUCAACGAAUUCGUCCGGGCCGCUGCUCGCGUGCCUGGCCUCAAUGGGCCGAAGGGCUUCCCUUUGAUUGGAAAUCUGUCGCAGAUCCGAGUGAACGCUGCAGAACAGUAUCGCAAGUGGUCGAAACAGUACGGACCAGUCUAUCAAAUCCAGCUCGGCAACAUUCCAGUCAUCGUCGUGAAUUCCGCCGCCGCGGCCAAAGUUCUCUUUGGUCAAAACGCACAGGCCCUGAGCUCUCGUCCGGAGUUCUACACUUUCCAUAAGGUCGUGUCCAAUACUGCCGGGACGACGAUUGGCACAUCUCCGUUUAGUGAAUCACUCAAGCGACGAAGAAAAGGUGCCGCCUCGGCGUUGAACCGACCCUCCGUGCAAACCUACGUCCCGCAUCUCGACCUGGAAUCGAAGGACUUUGUCGCCGAACUCAUGAAGUAUGGAAAGGCCGGACGCGUUGCCGUGGACCCCAUGCCCAUGAUUCAGCGGCUCAGUUUGAGUCUAGCUCUUACGCUCAACUGGGGUAUCCGCAUGGCUUCGCAGGAGGAAGACCUCUUUGCCGAGAUUACCCAUGUUGAGGACGAAAUCAGUCGGUUCAGAAGCACAACCGGGAAUCUGCAGGACUAUAUCCCACUUCUCCGCUUGAACCCUUUUAGUGUUGGCUCCAAGAAAGCUGCUGAAAUGCGUGAUCGCCGCGACAAAUAUCUAAAGUACCUCAACAGCGGGUUGGAGGACAGGAUGGCCAAGAACGAGCACAAGCCGUGUAUCCAGGCGAAUGUUAUGCUUGACAAGGAAGCCAGACUCAAUAACAUCGAACUCACGUCCAUCAGUUUGACUAUGCUUUCUGGCGGUCUAGAUACCAUCACAACCUUGGUAGCCUGGAGCAUCGCUUUGCUUGCUCAACGGCCUGACAUUCAGGACAAGGCUGCUGCAGCGAUCAAAGAAUAUCACUCCGUCGAUCAACCACUAUGUGAUGCUAUGGAUGACCAGCGCUGCGAAUACAUCGUUGCGCUUGUCAGAGAAUGCUUGAGGUACUAUACUGUGCUCCGUCUCGCAUUACCUCGUACAUCGAUCAAGGACAUCACAUACCAAGGAAAAGUCAUUCCCAAAGGCAGUGUCUUCUUUCUCAAUGCUUGGGCAUGCAACAUGGACCCCGAUGUAUGGUCAGAUCCCGAGGUCUUCCGGCCCGAACGUUGGCUGGAACAGCCCGACGCGCCAAUGUUCACGUACGGAGUUGGCUAUCGUAUGUGCGCUGGCUCCCUCCUGGCCAACCGCGAGCUGUACCUCGUCUUCCUCCGCACGCUGAAUUGCUUCCGUAUCGAGCCAGACGGCAAGGUCGAAUGGGACCCGAUCAGCGGCAACUCUGACCCUACCAGCUUAGUCGCCAUUCCCAAGAAGUACAAGGUCAAAUUCGUUCCGAAGAAGGAGAAGCUCCUGACAGAGGCCCUUGAAAACUUCGUUCCUGUGUCCGCGUGA